AUGGCCGCCAUCAUCGAUCCGACGACGGGCCAGCCGCUGCCAGCCGACGCCAUCCAGCGGCUGCUCUUUGUGGCGCCCAAGGUGCACGUCUACCAGAUUCCGCCGCUGACGUCGACCAAGGGCUACGCGGCGGCCGCCUGGACGACCGAUCCGCAGCGCCACAUCUUUACGGCCCGGUUGCGCGUGCUCGAGACGGGCACGGACGCAGACGAGGCCGAGGGCGAAGGUGAAGCGGCGAGCGACCUCCCGGAAAAAGUCCGUGUCGAUAUCGUGCUCGAGGACCCGUCGUCGGGCCAGCUCUUUGCCGCUGCACCCUACACCGCUGCUGACGUUGUCGAGGCCGCCCUCGACAGCGCUCGCUUCUACGCCCUGCGCGUCCAGGACCCCCAGGGCCGUCGGGCCAUGCUCGGGCUCGGCUUCGAAGAACGCCCCGAAUCGUUUGACUUUAGCGUCACGCUGCAGGAAGCCCGCAAGACGAUCGGACUCGAACGCACGGCCGAUGCUGCCGUUCGCGCUUCUGCUGGUCGUCGUGCUGCCGCUGCCGGCUCCGCCCAACAGCCGUCCGACGAGGACGCGGCCGCUCGCCGCGACUACAGCCUCAAGGACGGCGAGACCAUCACCGUCAACCUCAGCAGCUCCAAGUUUGGCCGUCGUGCCAACACCAGCAGCAACAGCAGCAACAGCAACUCCGCUGCCUCCAGCCCCAGCCCUGGAGGCUUCUCUCUCCCUCCUCCGCCACCACCACCACCGGCUGUCUCUUCCGUCUCCUCCUCUGCCGCUUCGUCCUUCUCCCUGCCGCCACCCCCAUCUGCCAAUCGCCGUGCCAGUGCUCGUCGCUCCGUCGGCGAUCCCAACUUUCUCAGCGGCUUCAACCUGCAGCAACAGCACCAGCUGCAUCUACAACAACAACAGCAGCAGCAGCAGAAACAGACUGCUGCCGAUCUUGGCUUCGAUGACGGCCAGAACGACGAGUUUGCUUAA